AUGCGUUUUCCGAACCAAGCUCGAUGUCUAUGGCCUGCGCUGCUGCUACUUCCCUCGACGUUGGGUUCUCCGCUAGGCGGAGUUGGGGCUGAUCGAGCCACCAAUACCCACUUCGACUACGUCAUUCUCGGCGGCGGCACAGCCGGUCUAGUCCUCGCCGGGAGGCUCUCGGAGGAUCCUAACGUCACCGUCGUUGUGGUCGAAGCUGGAAACUUCGAAAGAAGCAACCCCAACGUGACGACCGCCAGCGCCCUUGGCCUGGCGAAGAACACGCGUGUUGACUGGCAGUAUGAAAGCGUCCCUCAGGUAUAUGGAGGGAAUCAGAGCCUCAUAUGGAGCGCUGGGAAAGGACUGGGUGGAUCCAGCCUGAUCAAUGGCAUGACCUACAUCCGGCCUGCUAGCUCUCAGAUCGACCUAUGGCCUUCUCUGGGACUGGACCUGGGGUGGAAGGAAUAUUUUGCUUCGGCAAAGAAGUCAGAGCACUUCCAAAUUCCGUCAACCAACCUCACCACCAUCGGCGCGGCCUAUCAAGAGUCUGCCCAUGGAUUUACUGGUCCGCUUUCGACAUGCUACAGCCCACAUAUCUCAACGGGAGACAUUCACGAAAUCUUCAAUGACACGUUCAAAGCGCUAGGUAUCCCGCCAAUCCAUGAUUUCAACGACGGGGAUCUCAGGGGCUUUGGCGUGCAGGCGGUCACUCAAGACGGCCAUGCGGAUAUCAGGGAGGAUGCUGCCCAGGCGUACUAUUACCCAGUGCAGAAUCGUUCAAACCUCGUCGUGCUGGUCAACACCACCGCGACCCGCAUUCUCUGGUCGGCCAACGAUAGCGACGACGGUAAAGCCGUGGCUUCAGCAGCUGAAGUUAUCUCUCAGACCGGCGUGAUAUCAAAUAUCUCAGCAACCCGGGAGAUCAUCCUCUCGGCGGGUGCAAUCCGCAGCCCUGGGAUUCUCGAGCACUCCGGAAUUGGAAACCCAAAGAUCCUCUCUAAACACUCCAUCGAUAUCAAAGCCCCUCUUCCGGGCGUAGGCGAGAAUUUCCAGGACCAAACCACCAUCGCGGUCGUCGCUGCCACCACGAGAAAGGAGAAUUUCACCGGCCUGCCCGCGUUUGUGGCACACGUGUCCCUCCAAGAUCUGCUGGGGCCGGAUACCACGUCAUUCUAUAACAAGACACUAUCCCAGAUUCCCCACUACGCCGAACAGAUUGCAGCGCAAAACAACGGCGCAUCCAACGCCUCGGUCCAACAACGCCUGCUCCGCACACAACUCGACCUGCUCUAUGACUCCAACACGCCCACGGCGGAAAUCGUCCCCCUCGCCCUCGUCAACCUCGUCGGCGUCAUCUCCUGGCCCUUGCAGCCAUUCAGCCGAGGGAGCGUUCACAUCACCUCAUCCAACGUCACAACCCUUCCAGCAAUCGACGGGAAGUUCUUUCAAUUCGAAAUCGACGGCACCCUGGCUGUCGCGAGCACAAAGUUCUCGCGCAAGGUGGUGGCAACCUCACCGUUCUCGGAUAUCGUCAAUGCGUCGACGUUGACGCCGGGCUUCACCCUCGUUCCUGAAGAUGCCAGCGAUGAGGUCUGGCUAGACUGGAUCAAGACGAAGUCGGCGUACCAGCCGAAUUAUCACCAUUUGGGAACUUGCGCAAUGUUGCCGCGCGACAUGGGCGGCGUGGUGGACAACAACUUCACAGUCUAUGGGACCAGCAAUGUUCGGGUUGUGGAUUUGAGUGUGAUUCCAUUUCAGGCUGCGGGACACUCCACGGCCCUGUUGUACGGUGUGGCGGAGUGGGCUGCUGAGAAGAUUAAGGAAUAG